AUGGCCGACGGUAAUGCGUACAGUCGACGGCUGCGUAGCCACAGACACUCAGACUCGACAUCUUCGGAGGAUGAAGAGGAGUUACGAUAUGUUACAAGAAAUAGUGGUCGGCGCUACGGGGUCUACACACCCGAGCCAGUGCAGCGCACGCUGAAGUUGCGUCCGGAUGACGUCGAAGACGAAGACGAGGACAGCGAUUUUGAGGGGAUAGAUGACUAUAGUGUACCAAUUUAUCGAAGUACGACAUAUAGUCCUCCUCUAAUACACGAGGAGAAUGUGAAUGAGUUUGACGAUGGUGAGGAAGAGAGCGUUGAUGAACACGAAACGUUUGAACACGAAACACAACGGUCUGAGCUCAAGAAACGAGCAGCAGGUGCUGCUGAGAUUUUUAAAAGCUCUUACAACAUAAUUGAUGUUUGGCAGAAAGCUAUAAAUCUUAAGAUUUUUGGGAUGCUGUCCAAAUACUUCAGAAGAUUGUGGCGCUUCGUGCUGCGCAAUUCCUUUAUGGCUGUGAAUGUACUGUGGCUCCUGGCACCACUGUGCUGUUUUGUAAUUGCUGUUACGGCUCCACAGUACAUGACAACAGCUAUCCAAUAUGUGGAUAUUUUGUCCUUGAAAGCUUUUGGUGUACGGGAAGGCGCUCAAUUCGACAAAGGAACGAUGCGCUCUGUUGUGCAGGAGAUAGUCGAUAUGAAGCUUGUGGGUAUUAACGAAGAGCUUGGGUUGUUACGUCAGACUGUGCGAUCUCAAGAGCUGGAGAUUAAAGCGUUGAAGCUGCUUCAUGAUACGUUGCGCCACGAUCAUGAUGAUCAAUUUCGAAUGUUAAGCAUUGCAGAGCCUCAUAGCUUGAUUAAUAUUCAUAUUGAUUCAGUUGUUGCCAAACACACGGAAGGAUUGCGGGAUGAGUUCACAAACACUACGCUACAGCUAGGACAAGACUUACAGACUGCAGCGAAGCAACAGUCGGAUCUUUUUGCUGUUCUCAAGAAACAGAAAGACGAGAUAGAUUUGGUACAAGACAUGUUACAAAAAUCAAGUUCGGGUCCAACUUCAGAUGCUGCAAACGAAAAUGCCCGCGUGAUGUCAAUGAUAAACGAAUUGAAGGACUGGCGUGAAUCUUUUGAGCACAAGAUGCAAGUUGAGAUGCAGCGUAAAGUACACGAAAUUGAAAGCCGGUUGUCAAGUGUGUUACAGGAUGAGAAAAGCUCACUUUCAUCUAGUGUCGAUGCUUUUCGUGGUUUGGAUGCUACUGAUCCGGGUAUACUUCGAGUAAUAGAAGUUGCGGUUCAGGCUGUUGAGAUUAAGAAAACUGGACGAGUGGACCACGCUGCUCUUGCUAAUGGUGCAUCCAUCAUUUAUUCAGAACGUGAUCUUCUUUAUCAGGAAGGAUCUUCUCUUACGCAGUUGUUAAAUCGAAUUGUUGGCUUGAGCGUCUUUGAAAAUGAAAAAUUUACAUCUCCUUCAUUUCGUCGCGCCCCAAACUCAAUCCUAGGACAGCUGUUGUCGUCCGGAGAGAAUCCAUGGUGGCUGUCGCGCCAUAAUGGUCGGCCUGAAACAGCCUUAUCUGAAACGAUGGAAAUAGGUAGUUGCUGGGGCAUCGCCGGCUCGUCGGGCCGCCUUUCAGUGAAAUUUGCGCAGCAGAUUAUUGCGGAUGCAGUUACUAUCGAUCACAUUCCCGCACAAAUUGCUUCCGAUUUCAGCUCUGCGCCAUAUCAAUUUCGUAUUUUGGGCAUAGCAGGUCAUCCUCUGCGUGAAACUGUGGAUCUUAUAUCGUUUGGAAACUUUUCCUAUGCUAGCAAAGGACCGGCUAGCCAAAGCUUUAGGCUAACAUCGCCUUUGAGUCAGCGUUCUCCGAUCGAUGGUAUUACCCUGGAAAUCCUGUCAAAUCAUGGAAAUGCUGAAUACACCUGCCUUUAUCGCUUCCGUGUUCAUGGUCAGCUUGCGUAA